CUCCUCCUCUUCAGUAAGUCUGUACAGCUGGCAAUUUAAAGACAAUAAAGCUCCAGGAGUCUCGUUUCUCCAGCAAAUUAGAGCCUAGUUUACUGAGGGACAUGAAUUAGCGGAUAAUUCCAGCGCCUGGACCCAUUAGCAGCAGCAAGAAGACAAUGGAAGGAGACAUGCAGCUGUUUACCGUCUGGAUUCUCUUUGGUUUGCUGUCAUCAUGUAUGUCCCAGACCACAGUGAGGCCUGCUCCGACACCAUCGUCGUCCUCACAGCCCCGAACAGAGAGACUAAAGCUCAGGCUGUCGGGAUUCCCCCGCAAACACAACGAAGGCCGCGUCGAGCUUUUCUACAAGGGCGAGUGGGGAACCAUCUGCGACGAUGACUUCUCCUUAUCAAAUGCCAACGUUCUCUGUCGACAGCUAGGCUUUGUCUCUGCCACAGGCUGGACUCACAGUGCCAAAUAUGGCAAAGGCCAAGGGAAGAUAUGGCUGGAUAAUGUCCAGUGCAACGGGGGCGAGAAAAGUAUUGAGUCCUGUAAGUCACGCGGCUGGGGAAACAGUGACUGCACGCAUGACGAAGACGCUGGCGUUGUGUGCAAAGAUGAAAGGAUUCCAGGCUUCGUCGACCCAAAUGUCAUUGAAGCCAAUGUCGAUUUUAACAAGGUGGAGGAGGUGCGGCUGCGGCCCGUCGUUGCCACCGCCAAAAAGAAGAUGCCGGUCACUGAGGGUGUGGUGGAGGUCAAGUACAAAGACGGAUGGGCUCAGAUCUGCGACGUGGGCUGGACAGCGAAGAACACGCGCGUCGUCUGUGGCAUGAUGGGAUUCCCUCAUGAGAAGAAGGUCAACAAGAACUUCUAUAGACGUCUGAAACGGCGGGCGGCUGAGAACCCCAGCAGGUCAAAGGGUAAUGUUUCCACAGGUGGAAGGCCGGCACCCAAAGCUAAAGCUAACGCUAAAUCUAAACAGAGCAGCGCUGGCAAAAAGUCAACAGGAGGGUUGUAUCUGGAGCGGCAGAAGAACCAUUACCACAUCCAUUCAGUGGCCUGCAUGGGGACAGAGGUCCACCUGGCUGCCUGUCCUCUGGAGUUCAGCAAACCAAACAGCACCAUCAGCUGCGACGGCGGCAUGCCAGCCGUGGUCAGCUGCAUCCCAGGACCACUCUUUAUGCAAAACACGGCCUUUAAGAAGAAGCUGAAAACAUCGAAUAACGUCCGUCUGAAAGGGGGUGCCCAGCCUGGGGAGGGACGAGUGGAGGUGCUGAAGGACAACGAGUGGGGGACAGUUUGUGAUGACCGCUGGAACCUGCAGUCAGCUAGUGUGGUCUGCAGGGAGCUCGGCUUCGGCAGUGCCAAAGAGGCUCUCACCGGAGCUCGCAUGGGUCAGGGUAUGGGCCCAAUCUAUAUGAAUGAGGUGAAGUGUGUCGGCCAGGAAAGGUCCAUCUGGAACUGCCCCUUCCGAAACAUCACAUCAGAGGACUGUAAGCACUCGGAGGACGCCGCUGUGCGCUGCAACCUUCCACACAUGGGCCUGGAGAACACGAUCCGGCUCACAGGGGGAAGGACGAGGUACGAGGGUCGAGUGGAGGUGUACGGCCCAGACGGGAAUGGGACAGACACCUGGGGCCUGAUCUGUGGGGAGACAUGGACCACUAAGGAGGCCAUGGUAGCCUGCAGGCAGUUGGGCCUGGGCUACGCUAACCAGGCUGUGCGAGAAACCUGGUACUGGGACAGCAGCAACAUCACAGACAUGGUGAUGAGCGGCGUCAAGUGCACAGGAAGCGAGCUGGCGCUGAGCCAGUGUCAGCGCCACAAAGCCGUCAGCUGUCAGAAAUCUGCGGCGAAGUUUGCAGCCGGAGUCAUCUGCUCAGAGACGGCCUCUGACCUGAUCCUCAACGCACCUCUGGUCCAGCAGACGGUUUAUAUCGAGGACCGUCCCCUGCACAUGCUCUACUGCGCCGCUGAGGAAGACUGUUUGUCCAAAUCAGCAGCUAAAGCUAACUGGCCUUAUGGACAUCGCCGGCUGCUGCGCUUCUCCUCGCAAAUCGAAAACAUCGGCCGUGCUGACUUCAAACCGAAGGCUGGGCGCCACUCGUGGGUGUGGCACGCUUGCCAUGGCCACUAUCACAGCAUGGACAUCUUCACCCACUACGACCUGCUCAGCUCCAAUGGAACCAAAGUGGCCGAAGGACACAAGGCCAGCUUCUGUCUGGAGGACUCGGACUGUCAAGAAGGCAUUUCCAAGCGCUAUGAGUGCGCUAACUUUGGCGACCAGGGCAUCACCGUGGGCUGCUGGGACCUGUACCGACACGACAUCGACUGUCAGUGGAUCGACAUCACUGACGUCAAACCGGGAAACUACAUCCUGCAGAUCGUGAUCAAUCCGAAUUUUGAAGUGGCCGAAAGCGACUUCACCAACAACGCCAUGAAGUGUAACUGCAAGUACGAUGGAAAUCGAGUCUGGCUACACAACUGCCACAAUGGUGACGCUUUCAGCGAGGAGGCCGAGCGGAGGUUCGAGAAAUAUCCCGGUCAGCUAAACAACCAGAUAUCUUAACUGUCCAUCACCUGACUCAAUCACAAUCGAGGAUGAAAUGUGCACAUCGCUUAUCCUCAGGUGCCAAGAAGAUGAAUUUCUUCUGCAGGUUAUCAUGUUGAGUUAUACUUGAAUAUUCAAGUGCUAGUUGAUAAAGAAUAAUAUCACUGUACAGUCUUCCCCUUAAGAUUUUUUAAGUGUGUUUCCAGGUCUAAAACCACAUUGAAGACACGAGACAAGGCUUUUGAGGCGUUGAGGAUGAAUGAGUUCAUCUGGUUCCUUUAUUUUUUGAAUGUAUUUAUUACAGUUAUGGUGCUCAAGAACACUUUGUUUUAUGUCUAAUGGGGCCAGUAUUUCUUUUUGACUACAGCUUUGAUGCAAACAGAACACUAUCAUAUGUGCCAUUAUGCUGAUGUUUCUCACAUGCUGCACCAAAUAAAACAAAAACGGAUGACAAUAGAUGUUUCUUCUUAGAAUUAUUUGCAACUUAACUCGUGUUUUUAAAGUUUAAAGUGUUUUUUUCCAUUUUCUAUUAAAGACAUACACUGGUGUGGUUGGUUGUUUUUAUUUUGAAGUCUAGAUUCAGAAUGACGGAAUCUUCCUGUGAGCUUGGAA